CAUCAUUGACCAGACGCGACGAACAAAGGGAUUCACAAUCGCAAAUCGGAUUCUCUCUGCCAUCACCGGCGGCGGCACGCCCUCUUCGCCCCGGUCUCUCGGGUUUUCCGGUCUCUUUUCGCAAUUUUCUUGGCGCUUUCUGUCUCCAGGGCCUCGUUUUCAAAUUCACUAUCAGUGAUGGCCUACACAGAACAUGCGAAGAAAGACAGUACAGAGGUUGAAGACGAUGGCAGUUCAUCGGUCCAGAUCAAAGUCUUGUUCUUUGCCAGAGCUCGUGAGAUUGCAGGAGUGCCUGAUAUAACGAUGAAGGUGAGAACGGGUAGCACAGCCCGGAAUUGCAUGGACGAGCUCGUUGCCAAGUAUCCGAGCUUGGAAGAUAUACGUGGCUGCGUGGUUCUUGCUUUGAACGAGGAAUAUACAACCGAUUCCGCCAUUGUUAAGGACAGAGACGAGUUGGCUCUUAUACCUCCGAUCAGCGGUGGUUAAGGCAUUUUCAGUUCCGACAGUCUUUUGGAGCAUCUUCUAAUGUGUAUUUUCUUCGGACACUGCUUAAGUGCGUAGUGUCAUCAACAUAUAAUGUGUUGUGUGAUUACUUGACAGUGUUUCUCCCUCCUUUAUGCUGCAAAGACGAAUAAAUUCAAAUAACUAUUGGUAAAAGGUCGAAUCACUUGUUCACUCUA